AUGAUUCAGAGCUUCACACACGGUUUCAACGUGUUCGCCACAGUACUAGUAUUCCCCCUUUCCUCGGGGCGUUUGCGCCACGCCGCUGAUGUGAACAAGGGAACGGCAUAUCUGAAAAAGUACAGGGAGAACCCAUUGAAAGAAUCCCGAACGUCUCCGCGCCGUGUCACGUUGUACUACGACCAACUGGCCAUCUGCCUCCGCUUCAGCGCGCGGCCCCUCCUCGCGUACACCAACAAGGCCUUCGUCUCCGGCUUCCAUGCGUCUGCACUCGUACUCGAGCCGGAUAUCCAAGAGCUCCCGCGCUUUAUCAGGCCCGACCAGCACCAUAACCUCCGGGAACGUCUCCUCGAAAUCGAUCCAGACCCUACGCAAGCUCUCCGCGCACUGCUCGCUGUGCUGCCUCCACAGCGCGUAUUCCGCCACCGCCGCCUGAUAACACGCACGCGCGCGAGCAUGCUCUUGCGCGCCGCGAGCCCGUCGUAG